AUAUCACAGCAGAACCUCACUAUCCCACUCUCAUGCGUUUCCAACCAGCGAACCCGAGCUUCACCACCAUCACCAUGCCUGCAACUCCACUAUCAUCUUCCUUCCUCACCCUGCAACCGCGCUUCAACUCCUACAUCAACCCUCUCUUCCGUUCACUCACCUACCAACUCAAUGGCAACUUCUCCACAGUCAGACUCCACUCCGCACUUCCCGGCGCGGCGGAGACCGACUCUCCCACCGGCGGCCGAACCGGCGCCUUAACUCCCGGCCCUUCUGUCCCCCGUGACGUGCAGAAAAUCGACGUCAACCCUCCCAAGGGGACACGUGACUUCCCGCCUGAAGACAUGCGCUUGCGCAACUGGCUCUUCAACCAUUUCAAAGAGGUUUCACGGUUGUAUGGAUUUGAGGAGGUUGAUUUUCCAGUGCUUGAGUCGGAGGCAUUGUAUACUAGGAAAGCAGGGGAGGAGAUUAAGGACCAGCUGUAUUGUUUUGAAGAUCGGGGUAACCGUCGUGUUGCGUUGAGGCCUGAACUUACUCCUUCUUUGGCAAGACUGGUGAUACAGAAAGGGAAGUCUGUAUCACUACCAUUGAAGUGGUUCACUGUGGGACAAUGUUGGCGGUAUGAGAGAAUGACAAGGGGGCGUCGCCGUGAGCACUACCAAUGGAACAUGGAUAUCAUUGGUGUUCCUGGUGUUAUGGCUGAAGCAGAGCUUAUAUCUUCUAUUGUCACUUUGUUCAAGCGAAUAGGAAUUACGGAAUCAGAUGUUGGAUUUAAGGUUUCUAGUCGAAAGGUUCUUCAGGAAGUAUUAAGGUGUUAUUCAAUACCUGAAAAUUUAUUUGGCAAGGUCUGCAUCAUUAUUGAUAAGAUUGAGAAAAUUCCAAUUGAUGAGAUAAAGAAAGAGUUGAAAGCUGCUGGUCUAUCACAAGAGGCUGUCCUGGAGCUAUUGCAAGUCCUUUCUGUAAAGUCAUUGACCGAGUUAGAAGAGAGACUCGGAAACAGUGGGGAAGCAAUUGCUGAUCUCAAAGAGCUAUUCUCACUUGCUGAAAAGUUUGGUUACUCUAAAUGGCUUCAAUUUGAUGCGUCAGUUGUUCGUGGCCUUGCAUAUUACACUGGCAUUGUAUUCGAGGGUUUUGACCGACAAGGAAAGCUCCGAGCUAUCUGUGGUGGGGGGCGAUAUGAUCAUCUGUUCUCAACUUUUGGGGCUGAUGACGUUGCUGCUUGUGGUUUUGGAUUUGGUGAUGCAGUCGUAGUGGAAUUGCUGAAAGAGAAGGGCCUGCUACCAGAACUCAGCAUGCAAAUAGAUGACAUUGUUUGUGCCUUGGAUGAAGACCUUCAAGGAUAUGCUGCUUUGGUUGCAAACAUUCUCAGAGAAAAAGGACAGAGUGUUGACUUGGUUUUGGAAAGCAAACCACUUAAAUGGGUUUUUAAACGAGCAGCCCGAACAAAUGCUGAGCGACUGGUAUUAGUGGGAAAUUCUGAGUGGCAAAAGGGUGUUGUUGGUGUCAAAAUUCUAUCUACUGGUGAGCAGUAUGAGGUUAAACUGGAUGAUCUAAAGUAAAUCAGAAUUUGAAUUUUUUUCAUGUAUUUUGUCUUCAGUCUUCAUUUUUGGUAUAUAAAACUUACAUGCCCGCGUGCACCUGCACAUCUAUCUAUUCAUCUACAUUUAUAAAUUCCGCUGCUUCAGUUCA